UUGGACUUUUUUCCUUCUAGAGACUUAGUAGUUUUACCAGCUAGGACGGGUGAAUCUGAAGGAAUUCUCCUCUGGGCUUGCAUUAUGGAAAAUAGCUCUCAGUCCAGCAGUCAACAGGCUCUAUGGAAAGAUGUGGAGGUCGGAAAAGAGAAGAAGACCAGGUACCGGAGUUACCAGCGAGGAGCCCUGAUUCUAGGGGUGAUCUUCUUGAUGUUAACGCUGGGCAUCUUCAGCCUCAGACACUUCUGGAGCCCACGUCUGGCGAGGGUGUACGACCAACAUUACAAAGCCAUGCUGGACGGUAUGGAGACAGACAGUAUCAUGGAGAUUGACCCCGCCCACCGCAUUGAGAUCUUCAGGAUGGGGAACGGCAGUGAUGAGGUGCUCGAGGUCCACGACUUCAAACAUGGAAUCACAGGGAUCUGGUUCGCCAAACACCAGCGGUGUUACAUCAAGACCCAGACCACAGAGCUUCCCAAAGUGACAGAGGUGGUGACAGUGGACACAGAGCUACUGGUGGGUGAGACAGAGGGCAUAGACAUGCAGGUGAUGGAGGACUCCCAGGUGUGGGUGCCUGCCGAGGAGCCCAUCGCUAACCCAGCCUUCCUCCUCAACUCCAAGAUCUGGGAGAUAUGCCAGGAGCUGCCCAUCCACUGGAUCCAUCCCUCCCCCAUGAGAGAUGCUGAGUUCCACGAGGUGGAGGAUGAGGAGGACAUACCUGAUGCUGAGGUCAGAGGUAACCGCGUCGCUCGUGACGUCCUGGACCAGGUUCCUGUCAACGACUACAGAGACAUUGGAGUUGAGCUGGAUAACCGUCUGGAUGACCAUGGCUACUGCUGCCAGCACUGUCGUCGUGGUUACCGCUACUGCCAGCGCUACUACGAGCCUCUGGGAGGGUUCAACCCCUACCCCUACUACUACCAAGGAGGACGUGUCAUCUGUCAGAUCAUCAUGCCCUGCAACUGGUGGAUAGCCCGUAUGCUCGGGAGGAUCUGAUUGGAUAGUGGAACUGGAUUCAACUAUGUUUCAGCACAAAUGACAGGUGCAUUCAUUUAAGGCUGGAUUUACACUGCUGUAGGCUUAGUGUCUCAGCAACCGCAAAGAGACUUUAGUGCAUGCCAGAAUUUGUAUUAACUCUAAGCAAGGAUAAGUGACAUUUUGCUUUUGUGAACACUUGGUAGAGUGUAAACCCAGCCUAGGCCCACCCGGGGCAAGAGCAUUUAACCCUUUCUAGACUAAAAAUAAUAUAUGUCCUAUUUUUUGUGAAUGAUCUGUUUUGACUAUUGUUUACUACAAUUAGCAUGUUUAACUUGAAAUAUACACUGCUCAAAAAAAUAAAGGGAACACUUAAACAACACAAUGUAACUCCAAGUCAAUCACACUUCUGGGAAAUCAAACUGUCCACUUAGGAAGCAACACUGAUUGACAAUAAAUUGCACAUGCUGUUGUGCAAAUGGAAUAGACAAAAAGAGGAAAUUGCACAAAGGCGGAGGUAGCGGUCCUGCUGCUGGGUUGUUGCCCUCCUACGGCCUCCUCCACGUCUCCUGAUGUACUGGCCUGUCUCCUGGUAGCGCCUGCAUGCUCUGGACACUACGCUGACAGACACAGCAAACCUUUUUGCCACAGUUCGCAUUGAUGUGCCAUCCUGGAUGAACUGCACUACCUGAGCCACUUGUGUGGCUUGUAGACUCCGUCUCAUGCUACCACUAGAGUGAAAGCACCGCCAGCAUUCAAAAGUGACCAAAACAUCAGCCAGGAAGCAUUGGAACUGAGAAGUGGUCUGUGGUCACCACCUGCAAAAUCACUCCUGUUUUGGGGGGUGUCUUGCUAAUUGCCUAUAAUUUCCACCUUUUGUCUAUUCCAUUUGCACAACAGCAUGUGAAAUUUAUUGUCAAUCAGUGUUGCUUCCUAAGUGGACAGUUUGAUUUCCCAGAAGUGUGAUUGACUUGGAGUUACAUUGUGUUGUUUAAGUGUUCCCUUUAUUUUUUUGAGCAGUGUAUAUGUAUUGAUGAGGAGGUAUAUAAAUACAUAGCAAAAAACUAUCAGAAUGAGUCGACUAAUUAUAAUAAAGCAGCGGCUAUAGAUAUGCUUAAUUCAUCUAAUUCAACUUGCCAUUCUUUAUUUGAUGUAAAGUCAUUAUUGUUAUUUUAAGCAGCAUUGUUUUAACUGUAAUGGCUGUAAAUUACAUAAUUAUGCCACAGCUCAAUUACCAUUAUGUAAUGUAAUCUGCAAAUGUUUCUCCGUUGCUCAAUAGCUCACAGUAAUCAUGCUCUAAACAGUGAUUCUACCGGCAUAGAUAGGCCUACAACCAUACGAGAUACUGUAUGAUGGCUUGACAUGCUUAAGUUAUUAUCAAUUACAUGCAAUUAAAAUGUAUUUUGAAACUAAAAUACAUCUAAUGCUACUCAUAUCAAGAUAAAGAACUGACUUCUUGUGAGUCUUAAUUUGCAUUCAAAGUUACUACGGCAUCCAUAUUAGGACGUUUUGUCUGAUAACUCAUAUAAUGGUUUCACCUGACAACUGAGGAACUUCCUAAUAUGGAUCCCAUAUUCAAGUUUCUACUGGCUGAAAUUCCAACAUUGGUGGAAAAAAGUCCAAUAUCAUACAUUCAAAUGGUCCAAUGCUGCAGUUCACACAUCUAUUAACCUUUGAGGGUCAAUCUAUGACAUGUCCUGACUCCAAAAUGUAUUGAUUAAGUCAUAUGCCACUUUGCUUCAAAAGUCAUUAUACAUCUUUUGUACUCCCUGACGAAGGCCAUGCAGCCGGAACGCGUCGGUUUUUAAAAACUUUGUUUCUAUUGAACAUGCCAUACUAAUAAAGGCAUUUUAAUUAAUUA